GUCAUUUCAGAUGGUUUCUCAAGUUUCCGUCAAGCAUUCCCCGAAUGGUGUGAGGAUGAUAGCGCACAAAAUAAAGAAAUGGAAUCUAGUCACAGCACACAGGCCGAUCAACUGAUGGGACUUAGAUCUUUGCGGAUAUCAACGCCACAUUCAGAUUCCGCCUGCAGUAGUUCCGCUGAAUCUUCCGACUGUGAAAGUACAACACAUCACAAUAUCAAUGAGGCACCUGUGGAGAUCAUUCCAGGCUUAUUUCUUGGCAAUGAAUCGCAUAGUUGUGAUUCUCGCGCAUUACAAAAGUACAAUAUAAAGUAUGUUUUAAACGUCACACCGGAUCUUCCCAAUGUCUUCGAGUCUUCAGGCGAUAUACAGUAUUUACAAAUUCCUAUUACUGAUCACUAUUCCCAAGAUCUGGCCAUGCAUUUUCCAGACGCCAUACGAUUUAUAGAGGAGGCACGCUCCAACAAUGCCGCCGUGCUGGUGCACUGCCUAGCCGGCGUAUCCCGCUCUGUUACAGUGACGCUCGCCUAUCUAAUGCAAACGCGCACACUCAGCCUGAAUGACGCAUUCACGUUAGUGCGCGAUCGCAAGCCCGAUGUGGCACCCAAUUUCCAUUUCAUGGAGCAGUUGCAUUCAUUCGAGCGAAAACUGCGUCCGGCCAGUAAUAGUGGUGAAGGCAGCAGCAGCGGCAGCGGUGACAAUGAGUGUACAGCGAUGGAUGAGAGUGGCGGAGGCGGUAGUGGCAGCGGCAUACCCUCUUGCACCGCCAACACGAGUUUGGCUAAUACGCUAACAGCUGGACGUUGUGGCGGCGAUUUAAGUUCGAAAUUCACAUGCAAUUGCAUUGCAACAGACUGUAAAUGCAUGCAGACGGGCGGCUAUAUGGCGCAACUGGCGAAAGCGGCAACCGGUGUGUCACCCGAUUCGGGUAUUGAAUUCGAUCGAUGGACGCCGUCCAGCGAUACGGGACUCAAAUGAGAUCAACUUGUGGGAAAAAGUUUCGUGCUGCCGCCGAGCAUUGUGGAGCCGCCAGUGGCACACAACGCCGACAAUGUGUCACCAGCUUCGACUACCUCCUCGUCCACAUCGACGACAACAACGGCUGAGGCUGUGUCGGUGGUCGAGGUGGUGCCCAGCGCCGAUGAGCGAUAAAUUGCGUAUAAAUGUGAAUGGAGAGCAAGAGGUAGCGAGAUUUGAUGGUUGGUGGGCGGUUGGUUGGUUGGCGGCGUGUGUUUUACAGGCACGCGAAACUUUUUUCCUACAGGUUUGGUGUGGUGGUGACAAAGCAAACUACAACUACAAAGGUAGCACAACUGCGAACGAAAUAUGCGGUAUAAGGAAUAUAUCACAAAAGCAGCAACAAAACCAAUAUAACUUUUUUUUAAAAUUUAAGUGAAAAUAAAAGUGUCAUUUGAAGUAGCUGUGACAUAACAAAUUUGUUGUUUGCUAAAACAAUUUUAUUUUUAUGAAAAUUAGGCUAAAUAUGGAAUAUCUUUUUGUAUUUAAACUUAAAACUUAUUUGCUUCCUUUUUGUAUACAAUUCAUAUGACUUCUAGGAUGGAAAAUUGUUUUAAUAUUUGCACGAUUUUAAUUAAGAAAAAUUAAUUAGGUUUUUGAAAAGUACGCGAAAAAUUAA